AUGCUGUCCCUCAACGACGAAGAGGCGCUGCAGCGUCUUGGACCCGUCGUGCCCACCGAGCCGGCGCAAUUCCCAGCUCGCGUCACGAUCCCAGGCCAGUACAUCGACCUCGUCCCGCUCAGCACCGACCACACCGAGGCGCUCUAUCCUCUCGUCGCGCUGCCCGAGCACGAGCGACUAUGGGACUACAUGCUCGAAGGACCUUUCAACGGCGAUCGCGAACUCUUUGUCGCCUACAUGUCUGCUCGAACAUCCAACAACAACAACAUGGUCUUCUGGGUCAUUGUUGACAAGCAACCCGCCUCUUACUCGGCACCCACCAUCCUCGGCAUCAUCUCGUAUCUCAACAUCAACCCUAAGCAUCGCACCAUUGAGAUCGGCAACAUUCUGUUCUCGUCACUGCUUCAACGAUCGCGCAAGUCGAGCGAGGCGGUGUUCCUCAUGCUCAAGCACGCGUUCGACGAUCUAGGAUACAGGAGGGUCGAGUGGAAGUGCAACAAUCUCAAUCUCCCCUCGAAGCGCGCGGCGACAAGAUAUGGAUUCACGUACGAGGGGCUCUUCAGGAAGAUGCUCGUGUUGAAGGGGAGGAACAGGGACACAGCUUGGUUCUCGGUGGUGGACGAUGAGUGGCCGCAGAGGAAAGCCGCGUUGGAGGCGUGGUUGAGCCCGGACAACUUUGAUCCGCAGACGGGGGCACAGAUCCUCACGUUGAAGCAGGCACAUGCCAAGUUUGGGUAUGCGGUGCCAGAGUCGUUGCAGAUGCCUGCGGUGCCGUUGUAG